AUGAACAGGAAAACCUUCGGGGACUCUAUUUCGGCAGGCUUCCCAUUGAGAUGGUCUACUUACGUUUUUAUUUUUGCAAUGGAGGAAAAAGAGUCUAAUUUGUGAAGCUGAGGAGAAGCUGCUUUGGUCUAUCCCCAAAGAUUGUGCAGUAUCAGCAAUCGAUUGGAUGAAGUUGACUCUAAAUAUGAUGAGCUAUUUUCUGAUGAGGAGUUCUGGGAGGAAGUAGAUGAUAUUCUUGGCGGAGAAGAAGAUUGGGAUGAAGACGAAUCAAGCGAAGAUGAUAGAGAAGAAGAGCUCACUGAGAAAAUAAAGGUUUGAGCAGCUAGACAAAAGGGAGAAGUGCUGGAUAAUGGCGAGCUAAUGCUUGUCGCAAGCCCAUUAAGAGUGAGCUUCUCAAUAGUCCCAGAAAAAGCAGAAAGAACGGAAACUGAAGUGGCUAAAGAACCCAAAGAGCUAAAAAAAUCAAAAACAAGAAGCCAAAAAAACACAAGAACCAAAAAGCCAAUAAAGCCCAAAAAAUCAUAA